UUUUUUUUUUGUUUUUAAUGAUUCUUUGAUCUUUUCUACUUCUUCUAUGUUCUACUUCGUACACGGGUUCUGUGUAGAAACGGAAAUAUUAAUUUAUUAAAAAACAAAUGUAUAUUUGUUUAGUUGAGAGACGUUUCUUUAUUCUUCUUCUUGAUCGUGUUCAGACGUCAAGUUCAUCUCAUCAUUUCUCUCUUCUCUUUUUCACUAUUUUUGAUCAGAAGAUUAAACCACCCCAAAAAAACUUUUUAAAAAAUGAUGAAAAUUCAAAUUGGAACAACGGGGAAGACUUCCGGCGACGGUGAUUUAGAGCUCCGACCUGGAGGAAUGGUUGUACAGAAACGAACGGAUCAAAGCUCCAACGUGUCACGUGUUAUUCGGGUUCGGGUCAAAUACGGGUCGGUUCACCACGAGAUCAGUAUCAACUCUCAAUCUAGUUUUGGGGAGUUAAAGAAGAAAUUGUCUGGUGCGACAGGAGUGCAUCAUCAAGACAUGAAGAUCAUAUACAAAGACAAAGAAAGAGAUCCAAAGAUGUUUCUUGAUCUUUCCGGUGUUAAAGAUCGUUCCAAACUUGUUCUCAAAGAUGAUCCGAUUUCUCAGGAGAAACGUCUCCUCGAGUUGAGGAAAAUCUCACUCCAUGACAAAUCUACUAGAGCAUUCUCCGACAUUACCUUCCAAGUCCAAAAACUCGCCGGCCAACUGUCGGCGUUUGAUACAGUGAUUGGUAAAGGAGGAAACGUUGAAGAGAAGAAUCUGGAGAAUUUGAUGGACAUGUUGAUGAAUCAACUGGUUAAACUCGAUUCUAUCUCAGGAGAUGGAGACUUUAAAUUGAAGAAGAAGAUACAGGAGGAAAGAUUACAGAAGUAUGUUGAGGUACUCGACUUGUUGAAGAUCAAAAACUCGACACAACCGCAACCGCAAAUGCAGCCAAAACCACAAACACAACCGCAAUACAAGAAACAGGGUUUGCUGACAUUUGAUGAGCAAGUGCCAAGGAAACCGAUAGCCUCCUCAUCAAGUCCUUCGGUGAUCAUAACUACGAGAUGGGAAACCUUUGAUUCCCAUUCUACUUCUGCGGCCACGGCACAAACAGUUAAACCGGUUCAACCAAAUCAUAAAUUCAAUUAAGAUACAUAUAUAGAUACACUAUACUUUACAUAUUAAAUAUUUUGCUCCCAGAUUUCUUGUAACAUAUGUGACUCUCGUUUUUUUGUGUGUCUAGUUGUGAUUAGUCUUUUCGGUUACAUUAUCUAAUUUUGUUGUCGUAUGUUGCUUAUGCUUUAUAUCAAGAGAGCUUCAACGAACACUGAUGUUUAUCAUUAUCGUGUAUAUAUAUAUAUGUUUUCUGUAUCUA